AUGGCCGCCACCAACUUCGAUGGAGAUUUUCCCACACGGGCCCCAGUUGUCAUGGGUGUUUCGGCAGCAACCCUAGCACUAUGCUCAGUAUUCGUAGGGCUUCGUCUGGUGUCCAGAUUUUUGGUGGUGAGGAAGCCGGGAUGGGAUGACUAUACGAUGAUCCUCGCAUGGGUCAUUGCUUUUGGCGCCUCUUUUUCCAUAUGCUAUGGUACGACAAAAGGAUUGGGACGCAAACAAGAAAACAUACCACCAGAGUGGCAGGGGUCGAUGAAAAAGUCAUCCUAUACCUUUUCUGUACUCUAUAAUCCCGCUCUGAUGGCGACCAAGACCUCGAUUCUCUUAUUCUACCUGACGCUAUCCAAAACUCAGAAAUUGUUUCGAAGAGCUACUAUCGCAACCCUUGUCGUAGUCAACGUUGGCGGGCUAGCGCUAACAAUUCUUAACAUUCUGCAAUGUCGACCCGUUGGUGCUGCAUGGGCUUCUCCAGUUCCUGCUACAGCACGCUGUACCAACAUCGUCACAAUCUACCUCUCCUCGGCGCCCCUGAACAUCAUCACUGACCUGGCCAUCCUGUUCCUCCCGAUGCCUAUACUCACCAGUAUGCGGCUGCCUAAAAAACAGAAAAUCAUACUGGUUAUCACGUUCGGUUUCGGCAUAUUCGUAGCAGUUGUUGAUGUCAUCCGUAUUGCAUACCUUCAGCAAGCUCAGCGCAACACUCUCGAAGCUGCUCAACGGCAAACCACCGAAUCGGGCAAUGAACAAAGAAACAUGAGUGACUUCUCGUGGUUCUCAUCUUUGUCGUUUAUGUGGAGCGCUGUCGAGAUCAACCUAGGCAUAAUGUGUGGCUGCGUCCCUGCCCUGAAACCGCUAGUCAGGAGAUUUCUUCCUAGCUGGGUUAUUGACCACACGAUUCGCGACACAACGACACAAACGAGCGAUGAACAUGUCCUCCACCCCGACAUACUCGAUUCCCGAAGGCACUCAGAUCCAUUGACACCUCCAGCAUCCCCGUUUAGCAAACCUGGUGGAGCUCGUAGGAGUGGUGGUGACGAGCCGAUGGCUAUGAUGGAUUUUCUUACGACUCCCGACAUGACCGAGCUGCCGCAACUAAGAACAUUGAACACAAACGCCACAUUCCGGACUCAACGUCAACAAGUAACGUUCUUUGAUUUUGUCAAUACGGGACAAAAGAAGAACAUCACUUUACGGAGCAAUCGCGAAUCAAUAUAUCCCGUACUCAUGGUGACUGUACUUUUUGCAGUUUGGGGAUUUGCCUAUGGAUUCCUCGACGUCUUGAACUCUCGGUUCCAAGAGGUUGCCCAUACAAGCGAUUGGCAAACGGUAGGCCAGCACUCUGCCUACUAUGCUGGCUAUCUUGUAGGGCCUUUGACCUUUGGACGACUCGUUUUCAAGAUAUGGGGUUUCAAAGCCUGCUAUAUGGUUGGAUUGUCGGUCUAUGCUUGUGGGGCUCUCGUAUUUUGGCCGUCCGCCGUGCUAAAUUCUUUUCCAUCAUUCCUAAUAUCCAAUUUCAUUGUUGGAGCCGGACUUUCAACCUUGGAACUCGGUGCAAACCCCUUCAUAGCUCUUUGUGGGCCACCAGAGUAUGCAGAAGCACGGUUGAACUUGUCACAAGCUGUCCAGGCAGUCGGUAGCAUCAUCUCUCCGAUUUUGGCGAAAAAGGUACUCUUUCCCGCAAACGCUGCGAGUUUGAUUGACGUGCAAUGGACGUAUCUCGGCAUCUCGUUUUUCAACAUUGCCCUUGCCGUCAUCUACUUUUACGUACCACUUCCAGAAGCCACAGAUGAUCAACUCGAAGAUGCUAGCCAGCGUACUGUGCCACAUGCGCGCGAGGCUACAGUCAAGCUUGGAUCCAGGUCCGUCAAGGUCCUAUGGAUAAGUCUAGCUAUGGCGGUCUUUUCACAGUUCUGCUAUGUUGGAGGCCAAGAGUCUACCUCUACUUCAUACGACGAGUAUCUCAGUCGCGUGAUGCCUACCAUCGACCCUGUAUCCCAACGAGCCUAUGGUCACACCGCUUUUGCUGUUUCUCGAUUCCUGGCUGCAUUCAUUGAUAUCUGGGUCAAGCCACGCUACAGCCUGCUGUUCUUUUACUUGGGAGCUAUUGCUUUCACAGCAGCAGCGAUACACGCGUCCGGCUCCACAGGAGUAGCAAUCAUCGCCAUGGUUAUGUUCUUCGAAGGGCCAAUUUUCCCCCAGAUUUUCGCCCAAGGCAUCCGCGGCAUGGGCAAGUACACCAAAGACGCCUCUGCCCUCCUUGUCUCCGCCAUCAGCGGCGGCGCCAUCUUCCCACCCAUAAUGUUCGCCAUCCUCAAGACGCAAAACCCACAACUCGCCUUCUGUGUCAUCGUCGCCACCUACUCGACCGGCGCCCUCUACCCGCUCUACCUCAACAUCGUUCCUGCAGCCCGCCGGCUAUCGGGCCCCGUGCGCGACGAGAAAACAAGACGCGAAUCCGAGGCCGAGGAGAAGCAGCGGCGGGGCUCGUCGCACGUCGAGAAGUUGAGGCGAUGGAGCAAGGGGAAGAAGAAGAGUAGCAUUUCAAAGGAUAAUCACGAGUUACCGUCUAUAGAGCAUCGUGAACGGCGCAGUUGGCCCGAGGGUUUAGCGCCCAGGAAUGAUAGUUUGGCUAUUGAGCCGGUAAGGACGAAUACACCCACUACUACCGGUGGUAGCAGUACCUUGACUAUGAGGUGA